CAAAAGUGAGUUUUAGAUGAUUGGCAGCAAUGCUAGUAUUUAAAUGACAUAUCUGACAUUGACAUUAUAAUGAUAAUGACAUUCCUCAUGUUCUUUGACAUUUAAAAAAUGGCUAGUGCGAGAAAUCUAUUUGGAAUUUUGAAUACAAAACAUAUAAUAAUUUACACAAAUUCACAAAUAAAUAGCAAAAUUUCAAGAAGGUUUCUUCAUCAUUGUUUUCAGUGUAAAACAUCUUUAAUUGUAAGAAGUAGAGGCAACCAUAAUAUAGUCCCAAAUUCUCUUCUAUCAAAGAGAUCAUUUCAUUUAACUUCAGCUGUUAGUGCAAGAAAAGAUUAUUACGAUGUCUUAGGUGUAGGUAGAAAUUCAUCAAAUUCCGAUAUAAAAAAGGCUUAUUACAAAUUAGCUAAAAAAUAUCAUCCAGAUGUGAACAAAAACGAUCCAGAAGCUUCUAAAAAAUUUCAGGAAGUUUCAGAAGCAUAUGAGAUACUAGGUGAUGAUUCUAAACGUAAACAAUAUGAUACAUGGGGCUCUACUGCAGAUCAAAUGGGCGCUGGCAUGGGUGGUGGAGGUGGUAGGGCACAUGGGCCACAAGGUUUUAGUCAACAGUGGCAGUAUCAGUCAAGCAUAGACCCCGAGGAACUGUUUAGAAAAAUUUUUGGAGAUGCUUUUGGCAAAAGUGGCAGUGGUGGUAAUCCAUUUGAUGAUUUUGCAGAAUCUACUUAUGGAUUUGGAGAAGCCCAAGAGAUUGUACUUAAAGUAAAUUUCACUCAAGCAGCUAGAGGUACCAAUAAAGAUGUGAAUAUCAAUGUAGUAGAUAAUUGCCCUAAAUGUAGAGGUACUAGAUGUGAACCGGGCACGCAAGCUUCCAAAUGUCAGUUUUGUAAUGGCACUGGGAUGGAAACCAUUUCUACCGGACCAUUUGUAAUGAGAUCAACUUGCAGGUACUGUCAAGGAUCUAGAAUGUACAUUAAACACAAAUGUACUGAGUGUCAGGGUAAAGGAUCUACAGUACAAAGGAGAAAGGUUACAAUUCCAGUACCAGCUGGAAUCGAAGAUGGCCAAACGGUGAGAAUGUCUGUAGGUAAUAAGGAACUUUUCGUAACUUUCCGUGUAGAAAAAUCAGAUUAUUUCAAAAGGGACGGUCCAGAUGUGCAUACGGAGGCUGAUAUCUCGGUAGCACAAGCACUUUUAGGGGGAACCAUUCGAAUUCAGGGUCUCUAUGAAGACCACACCAUCCAGGUUUUGCCGGGCACAUCUUCUCAUACGAAAAUUCGGUUGAGCGGUAAAGGGAUGAAAAGGGUCAACGGUUACGGACAUGGCGAUCAUUAUGUAACAUUCAAAGUAGCCGUGCCGAAGCAUUUAAAUGAGAAACAAAAAGCACUUGCCAUGGCUUAUGCCGAAUUAGAAACUGAUACACCUGGUACUAUUAUGGGAAUAACGUUUAAAAAAGAUGGAGUAAAAGACGAAGAAAUGCCCUUAGCUGGCUCUGAGGAGAAAACCCAUAUGAAACAUUCUGAAGACAACCCUGGGUUAUUGACAAAAAUAAAAAAAGCUUUAUUCGGUUAGGCGACAAAUUUAAAUAAAAAAAAAAAAUAAAGAUAUAUUAGUGAAAGUUAUUGACGUUGUUAUGUUUUGAACUUAUAGGUAGCAAAACAUUUACCACGAGCGAAAAGUUAGAUCUUUUAGAUGCGAUACGGUUAAUUUUAGAAGGUAAGAAAGGUAUUGUGAAUAAUACUAAUACUAAUUUGAUUGACGACAGGGAAGAAGGCUUACAGCAAGUAGAGAAAGUAGACAAAACUCAGAAUAAGCCCAAAAACCAUGUAAAAAACGUUAAGAAUAAGACGAGUCAACAAACCGGAGAGCCAAGUGAAGAUAGCGAUAAUGAGAUCACCAAAGUGAAAAAGAAAAAUUAAAAUUGCAUCGUUAAUGUAGUUUUUCAUAAUCUUUAUUGUAAAUGAAGGUUCAAACCCAGUUUCUCGAUAUAAAUGUUUUUGUUACUUAUGAAAUGUUAUGUAAUACAAGUUACCAAAGUA